AUGGGAGCGACUGAUAGCAAACUUGCUUUUCGAAAAGGAGUUUUUAAAUUAUUCGAGGAGCGUAAUAUUCCUGCCUCCGAUGAAUACUGGUCUCAGUUUUGGCUUCUUCCCGAGUCUGCUGACGACGUUUUCUCUCUCGUGGGGGCUUCUGACAUUAGGCGCGUAAGAGACCAUGCUAGAGAGAAUUUGGAAACGCUUAUAAAUAAGGUUAUUGAACGCCUUUUUCGUAUCGUAAAAGCACCCGAUUUUCCAUCACCACAAAACUCGACAUUUCAACUUCUUAACUAUCAAGGUGAAAAUGUAACUGUUAGAAAUAUUACUGGAGAUAAUGAUAAUAGUAACGAUUCUGGAAAUGUGAAUGUGAAUAGAAAGAAAACACAGGAGACAGGAACAGAAGUCAAAGAAACUGAACCUCAAUUGCAGUCACCUCUCGGAGAACGAUUAUUAUCAAUGAUAAUCGAUCUCUUAUUUUUAUCCGGUUUUACGAUACCGACAAACAUCGCCACGGAAACACGAGUAAAUUACGUGAUUUGGGAAACCGGAGUAGGCUCUACAAUACCCAUCGGCUCAACAAAAGAAUACGAUUUGAAUAAAACUGAAACUCUGCGACUUUUGCUGGUUCUUGUUUCUAAAUCGAUGUAUUUGUCAGGAGGUAAAUUUAUGGCCAAAGAAAGCAAGUGUCUAAAAUUUUUAGUUCUUAAGACGGAGCGUAAAGUUGUUUUGGCGUUGCUAUGCAGUUUAUUAAACACUGCGGUAAAGUACAAUCCUGCAGGAUGGGGAGUUCCAUACAACUACAUGGUAUUUGCUGAUGCCCGCGAAGUGCUUGUCACUUUGUGCUUGCAAGUGCUGUUGGUUCUAUUAGAUUACAGAGCACCAGCAAACCGUGUCAACACGGAUUCUGCUAUUACCGCUUCAUCGGAACCAGCUUCUAGAAGAGGUUCUUCGAUAGACGCUACUAUCAAUAGUAAUGAAACACUAUCAGUAAAUUAUCAUCCUUCGAGUCCUUCCUCUUCUAGUCCUUUGGCGACACCGACAUUCCCGACUUCUCGAACAACAAGGAAUUCUCAUUCGCAAGAUGAAGUCGCGAGCGUGGCAAAUGGUAAUUCUAACGUCCCAAAAGGACAUUUACCUGCCACUUCAGAUAAUGCCUUUAGAUAUUAUACCUCGAAAUUACAUAGAACGCAGGAUUUUCAGUUCCUAAUGGACGGUAUUUAUCGUAUUUUGAGCAAUCCUAUGCAAGCAAACAAUACGUAUUUGCCUGGUUCUUCGAAACCAAUUCGGUGUCAUCCGGAGACGUUGAUGCUUUGUUGGAAAUUAUUAGAAAUUAAUAAAAGAUUUCGGGCAUAUUUAUUGGAAACGGAUAGAGUUUUGGAUGUAUUGAUUGUGAUAUUAUAUUAUGCUUUAGAAAAUAAACAAGAUCCAGCCCAAAAUGGCUUAGUGCGUAUGUGCGCUUUCAUACUACAAACUAUAUCUGCUGAUCGUAAUUUUGGUGUCAAAUUAAACAAAGUCUUUGAGGGCCACAGCUCGUUACCCAGCAAUGUUCGCAUUCCUGCAUUUCAUGGAACAUAUGCCGAUUUUAUGAUUAUUUCAAUCUACGCGUUAAUCUCUACUACGCGCGGCGCUUUGCAUUCUCUUUAUCCAGCAUUAGUUCUAACCAUCACAAACGUAUCACCUUAUUUGAAAAAUUUGUCAGUGGUCACCUCCACCAAGUUAGUGCAAUUGUUUGUAUCAUUUUCCACUCCGGGAUUCUUGUUGUCUGAAGAAGGAAAUCACUUCUUGACUGGAUACAUGUUAGAAGCAUUCAAUAAUAUUAUCCAGUAUCAAUUUUCCGAUAAUCCGCAUGUGAUAUACGCCAUCGUAAGAACCCAUAAAAAAUUUGAAGAUCUUUCGGAAUUCACAUUAGCAAAAGGUUUACUAGAAAUAAGAAGGAUUCAAGCAGCCAAAGAAGAACGAAGAAAACAAGCACGUGGUUCAACAAAAUCGGCAGUAGAACCGGACCUUAAAACUCCACCAUCCUCAACGCCGUCACCUACCUCCCAAGACGCGGGAACCAUAAAACCUUCUUCAAGAUCUGACAACACUAAUAUUCGUCAUCAUGGUAGUAACACGACACAUCAUGACGAUGAGCAUGAUGAAUUUAAUGAGAAGGCAGAAUUAUUGCAUUCCUCUAUUCAUUCUGAUGAUAGUCAUAGUGAGAAAGCACGUGGAAAGCUGCCAGAAGGUGUGAGUCCUGCUGAGCGUAGGCAAAGCGGUGACAGUUCACGUAGCCACAAUAUAAUUGUUGCACCAUUUGCAGUUGGAAAAUCCGGAUUCGUACCAACAGAAGAUUGGGUAUCCUUGUGGCAUUCUAAUCUGCCACUAAACACAAUGCUAAUCCUUCUAUCAGAACUGGUGCCACAAGUUCAAUCACUAUGCGGCGCGCAAUCACAUUCCUCCGAACAAGAAGUACUCGAAUUCCUCAGAUCAGUGACACUUGUUGGAAUCUUACCACAGCCUCAGCCGGUGUCUCCGCAUCAUUUCCUAUGGUCGGAAGCGAGUGUCGUGUGGUUUUCGAGUCUAUUGUGGGGUCAAAUAUAUCUCGCCGGAUCGAAUUUGGGUGUGUUUAAUGGAACACAAGUGAAACUUUUCUUGAUAAAAACCACGAUUAAAGAGGAUAGGAUUAAGAAUGCGUUAGGGACUGCAGUUGGUGGAGUUCAGGGUGUAAUCGAUCGAUUUACUACUGCAACGACGACGACUACUACUGCAUCAGCAGCGACGGAUUCCGCAUGA